AUGAUGGAUGUCGGAUAUGAAGCAACCCCGCCGCCUUCCGCGGGGAAAGACUGGGCCGACUUUUGGUACAAUGUCGACCGAGCACCCGCCGAAGAAAGCGACCCAGUUCCCCGCGAUAUCCUCGUUGUUGGCGCCGGCAUUGCAGGCAUUGCCGCUGCCUUGGCUCUUUCCAAAGAACUGACCCCCUUCGUCCCCGACCUUCGUAUCACGGUAUAUGAACGACACGACAUUCUGUCUACCUCCGGCGGUGCUAUCAACCUCACCCCCGUCGCUCAACGGCACCUCGAUCGUCUGGGCGUCCUCGCAGAGAUGGACCGACUUGGGCCGGAGGGCGGGACCGAUGUGGACGCCAUCGAGUUGUACUCUAGUCGGUCCGGGCGGUCCCUCGGAUCGGUGGAUUUUGUGGACGAGCAUGGCAAUGGGUUCGGCGGGUACAAGGGUCGUCGUGUGAUGCGGAUCGCCCUGUCGGUGGCCAUGCUGACAGUGGUUGAACGGUCCCCGAAUGUGAACGUGGUGUUUGGGAAGAAACUGAUUCGCGGAAAGGAGACGAAAGACAAGGCUACGCUAUACUUCCACGACGGUACUACGGCCACGGGCGACUUGGUUCUGGGCUGCGAUGGUGUUCACUCAGCCACGCGGAUGCACUGGGUGGAUCCUGACAGCCCGUCCGAGUACACGGGUAUCUCCUUCUGCCAGACCCUGGUUGACACUAAGAAGAUCACCGCCCCUGUUCACUUCCGCUCUACUUCCAUGAACAUCUCGCGGCACGGUUCGUUAUUGGCCAGUUACUGCGACCGCGACCAUGAGCAGAUCUUCUUGGCCGCUAUUGUGCAAUUCCGGGAGGAGCUGCUCCCUCAUUACCGCAUGGACCCGGGCCAAGACUGGAGGCGAACGGCUGCGAUCAAAAAAGCUCUGCGCCAAGAGAUGCAAGAGCGCUUUGGCCGAUCGGGAAUCUCUUGCAUCCGGGACUUUGUGAACAAGGCCGACGACUGGAUGCUGUAUCCUGUGUGGCAGGUUCGGCCUAACGCCCGGUGGUAUCGGAGCCGGGUGAUCCUCUUGGGCGAUGCAGCCCAUGCGAUGCCUCCUCGUGACGAAUCGGCGGCCUAUGCCUUGGACGAUGCGAUUCUCUUUUCUCGCAUUCUCGCCAAGCACCGUUAUGACCCUCUGCCUGUGGCAUUCAAGGCUUACGAGGAGCUGCGUCGCGGGACCGUGAACGCCGCCUUCCAGGUGUCCCGGCGGAUGUGGGAGAAGAACCGCGACAUGGGCUUUCUGGAAGGCCGCUUGAAGGAGUGGACCUACCCGAUGCAGGUUCGCAAUGCGAAAGACGCACGCGAGCAAGCAUGGGAGUUUGAUGCCACCAAGGUGGCGAUUCCCGGGGCUCUCAGCGAUCAAUCUUCAUCACUCUACUCAUCAGAACGCGAUUUUCUUUAG